UUCUCUCAGCUUCAGCUAGCUAAGCUCUCCACUACUCUUAGAAGCUCUUAAUUCCUCUCUUCUCUCCCAAAACAAAAAGGAAAAAGAAAAUGAAGAGCGAUGAUCACGCAGCCAUUGAUGUCCCAGAGUCCAGCGCAGUUGCAAAAGGUAAAGCACCUCUAAUUGCUACUCCCAGGGAGCAAAAGAGCAGAUUCAAGAAGGGAUUGGGAAUUUUCGACUUCCUUUUGAGAUUAGGAGCCAUAAUUGCAGCUCUUGCUGCUGCUGCCACCAUGGGAACCAGUGAUGAGACACUCCCUUUCUUCACUCAAUUCUUCCAGUUCGAAGCUAGCUAUGAUGAUCUGCCCACGUUUAUGUUUUUUGUCAUCGCAAUGGCACUAAUUGCCGGCUAUCUCGUCCUUUCCCUCCCUUUCUCCAUAGUCACCAUCGUCCGCCCUCAUGCAGUUGCACCAAGACUCCUCCUAUUCAUUUUGGACACCGUGGCAUUAACUCUGACCACAGCCGCCGGGGCCGCCGCAGCUGCCAUAGUGUACUUGGCCCACAACGGGAAUCCUAACACAAACUGGCUAGCCAUCUGCCAACAAUUUGGAGACUUUUGCCAGAAAGUGAGCGGAGCUGUGGUGGCGUCUUUCGUGACUGUUGUGGUCUUGAUGUCGUUGGUCCUACUGUCUGGUGUUGCUCUGAAAAAGCACUAAAACAGAUUGCUGAAGAGAGCAAAAGUGCAUGACAUUUGUUACAACUUGAUAAUUAUGUGCUUUAAUUUACUAUGU